CCCUCAGGGAACUUAUAGCAACGAAGCAGGUUUGCCGACUGAACCAACCAUGCGUUGCGCGUAAACGCGUGGUUUGUCCACAGCCAUCCGAGAGGUUGGAGGGGCUUAUCAAGGCUUAUCACUGACUAUAAAUGGACGUAUAAAAGCCAGAGCGAUGAAUGAGGCGAUCUUCCAGAAACUGCUGGCCAGUUGUUCCAUUUCGUCCGCUGUAAAAAAAAAGUCCUCCUGCCCGUCCCCUCUACUACGCGUAUCGUUGUUCUAUCCAGCGUUCUUGUUCUAUCAUUAGCCAACGUUAUCAUACACUCGACUCACUAUCCGACAAUCCGUCGACAUGUUCGUGGACCCCAUCUAUCUCCUCGCAGUUCUUCUUACCGCUGUGCAUGCCGCACCUUUGAACACCACUACUUUUGAAGCUGCCUCCGUUGAACCCCAUAUGGACCCUGGGUCGACGUCCCAUUUAGAAAGGCGAGCGAGAAUAAUGCAAGUCACGAUCACCGGUACUUUCGGAGGUCCAAAAUUGGCUCGACCGUACAUUUAUGGCUCAAGCUCAAAGCUUGGGAGCACCCCUUUGCCGAACGCAAUCAUGGAACGGAUGGAAGAGGCGCUUGCUGCUAAGUGGGGUAUCCAUAGUUUCGACAGCAUCUUUUUCCAAAAUGAAUGGAAAGGCACAUCUAGAGCUGCACAGGAUGAGACAUUCACUUGUAGUUAUUCAGGGGUUGGGAUUUGCACUGCCAAGCAGCCAUGCAUUGGAAAGGUUGGCCCGGACGGGGUAUUCAUCGAGACAAAAAAGUAAAUACAACGAUCGUAUUCAAGAAUAAAUUCAGUAGUGCCUCGAGGCGCAACCAAUCAGCUACUAAAUUAUCAGCCAGUGA